AAGAGCAAUAUAAGAUAGUGCUUAUGGUUCCUGCACAUAGGCCGCAGUUGUGGCAUCCUGGUGUGUAGGGUCCAUUACGCAUUUCGUAGCAAAGCGCGUAACACAUACCAACACAUCCUGUUUUUGUAAUGCAUGCGAAUAUUGAAGCUGCGCAUGCAUAUAUGUGUAUGCCAUAUAAGCACAGGUAUAAGCACGGCCACGGUCGUCAGCGCGUCAGCCGUCAGUGGUCAGUGGUCAGUGGUCAGUGGUCAAUGCCGUCAGUGGUGAUCAGUCACUGACCACGGCCGUUAGCCGUUAGUUCGUUCGCAUCAAUUAGCACAUUACAGAAAUGUAUACGCAGUUUAUAAUCGUUCACGGAUUCUAGCGAUUCUAGUAGAUCCUAGGUCUCACUGCUUCCGAACGAGAAACCCCCUUUUGAUUACGUGCGAUCUCCACGUGAGGCUGCUCGCGAAACCAUAUCGAGAGAAAUUCUCUCGACAUGAUGAAUAUUAGAAUAUCCUUUAUAUUCGCGAGUAUUUUUGCCGCCAGCUGUUCCAGCGCCGAUGAUCUCGAUUUGGGCACGAUCGUUUUCGCAAAUGUUUUAUACAGACAUGGUGAUAGGACUCCUGUUAGACAUUACAAAAACGAUCCUUAUAAUGAAACAUCCUGGCCAGUUCCAUAUGGACAAUUGACAAAUCUUGGAAAACAUCAGCACUUACUUCUUGGACGCUGGCUAAGGAAACGAUAUUCUCACUUUUUAAGCAACAUUUAUACACCGUAUGACAUUUACGUUCAAAGUACGGAUGUAGAUCGUACAUUAAUGUCGGCGGAAGCGAAUUUGGCAGGACUUUAUCCGCCAGUGAUGAACCAAGUCUGGGAUGAUAUCAAAUGGAUGCCGAUUCCUGUGCAUACAAUUCCAGAAAAGCAAGAUUAUGUGUUGAAAGCAAGCAAAUACUGUCCGCGAUAUAAUUAUGAACUGGAAAAAGUCUUAACAUCGCCGGAAAUGAAACGCAUAAAUAAAGCGAAUGCAAAGCUUUAUGCCUAUUUAACUGAGAACAGUGGAGAUAAAAUAUCUUCAUUAGAAAAAGUUAAUCAAUUAUACAAUAUUUUAUAUAUUCAGAACUUAUACAACAAAACUCUACCUCAAUGGACAAAGUCUGUGUUUCCAGACAAGAUGAAACCUCUCGCUGCGCUCAGUUUCACGACAGAAGCUUAUAACAUAAUACUUCAGAGAUUAAAGUCAGGUUCACUACUUGGAGAAAUGAUAGAUCACAUGGUCAAGAAAGUACAAAAUACUUUAAAGCCUGAUAGGAAGAUAUGGAUGUACAGUGCUCAUGAUGAGACUGUAGCAAAUAUGUUAAUGACUUUGAAUUUAUUUGAUCCUCACUGUCCACCUUAUACUGCUAUGAUUCUCAUAGAAUUGAGGACAAACUCUAAAAACCAAUAUCUUGUAACGAUUUCUUAUAAAAAUAGUACUGCGGAACCAAUACUUAUGACGUUACCAGGCUGUAAUACAUUAUGCCCUUUAGAUGAAUUUAUCAACUUGACAAGAAAUGUUGUACCUAAAGACUGGGAAAGAGAAUGUUUAAUAGCUUGGGAGGACAUAAGUCCUAGCGACGUUAUUGCGAUCCUGGCGUCGUCUAUAUUAAUGUUAGUUUUACUGGUUUUAUUAAUAAUAGCUUUUAUAUACUGGCGUCAUAAAAAAGAACAUAGGCACUAUUAUUUUCGUUUGACAUAUAACGAUUAUAAUGAUGCCAUAUAAUGAAUAUUAGUCAAAAAUAUGGCAAGACAUUGAAAAAUGUUAAUCAUUAAUUAUAAUGUCUACAAUAAAAAUUGGGCAAGAUAAGUUUUUUCGCGAUGUCAAGAGAAACGGGAUGAAAUAUUAGAUACACAUUUUUAAUUCUAUAUUAUAUUUUUAGAAAAAUCUUUUAUGAUGAAUGACAAGAUUUAAUCAUUGACUUUUUUUAUUGUACAAUAUCGCGCGAGAAACAACUACUAGUUUUUAAAAUUAUACAUUUUAUUGUUAAGCGAAUCAUUAUGUGAUAUGUUACACUCAUUACAUCAUUAACAUCGAUUAUUAUGUUUAUAUUAUAGGCGUAUUUUAAAUGUCAGUUUAUUUUCAUGAAAGAAUAUUAAUAUUCGCGACAUUUCUUUGAGAAUUUUGGAUUGCUCAUUGCAAAAUGCUUUUUACAUAUUAAUAAUUCGUUUGAAACUGAGAAAAAUCAAGUCUGACCAUCGAGAUAAAAUAAUGAUUUAUACUACACUCUAUUACUUAAGAGAUAUUAAAUCCAAAUAGACAAAUGGAUAAUAUCUCCAAAUUUUAGAAUUAUUUCAUUUUAAGACUUAAAAGAGACAAAUAAUCAGGUACUUUUAUAAAGAGAAAAUAUGUGUAUUAUGUGAUAAUUGUUAUUUGUGAUAUCUCGUUAUAUCACUGAACUUAAAAUUGUAUGAAUGUACAAUAAACAUUCAGUAUGAUUAAUUCAACAUAUUGCAAAAUACAAUAUGCAAUGGACAAAUUUUGCAGCAAAAAUUUGAAUGAGAAGAAACAAGAACUUUUUUACUCUACUUAUAGAAUCAUUGUAUGAUUUAAUUACUGUUAUUGCUAACUAUACAAUACAUGUGAUAUUGCAAUGAUUGUCUAGUCAUAGUAUAUUGAGCUUCGACACGUUCACAAGUUUCUUCUUCAUACAAUACAAUAGUAAAUUUGUGUGAAAAGCUAAUGUGUGUAUAUAACACUGCCUAUAAAGAAACAUUUAGUUGCAGAAAAUCAAUGAGUAAAUAGAAAUGUGGUUGUAAUUCAAAUUACGAGGCAUAUUUAUAAGAAUGUAUCUUUUUUUAUUUUUAUAUAAUAUUCAUUGAAAUAUUGCAAAUACAUGUGGGAUUUGAUAUACAGAAUAUGUUUCUGUUUUAAAAUCGAGCAUCUUAUAACAGAUGCAAGUAGAUACUUUAGAGUACUUAUAUAAAAAUAAAAGAAAAGAUGUAUAUGUAUUUUAUCUCUGAUUAGAAGUAUUUUUGUGAUACUUUAAACAAUAUAUAAAUAGCGUGAUGUGUAAUCGACGACAAACUUGUAGAUUUGCUGUCAUAUUGAAAAGAUUGCAGGUAUUAUUUAUAUAGUAAGUAAAUAUUAUUUUAUAUGCGUAAAAACCAAUAAAAAUUAAUUGAAAA